GGACCGGGACGUCCUGAGGGGAGCGGGGCAGGGCCCGUGAGGGAAGCGCGACACCCUGAGGGGAGCGGGGACCCUGGGGGCGAGCGGGGUCCCAUGAAGCGCUGAGGAGAGCGGGGCCCCAGGGGGAGCGGGACGCCCUGAGGGGGUCGGGACCCUCCCCAAGUGCUGAGGGCGUUGGGGUCACCUGAGGUGCUGAGGGCGGCGAGACCCUCUGAGGGGAGCGGGAACCCCUCGAGGUGGCGAGGGGAGCGGUGCGCCCUGAGGGGAGGAGGACUGUGCCGAAAUGCCGAGGGAAUCGGGGUCCCUUGAGGGCACUGGGAUCCCCCGGAGAGCUGACCCGGUCGGGGUCCCCCGAGGAGCUUGGGGAAGAGUUCGGCAGCCGCUGAGCAGGAGCUGUGUCGGGGAGGCCGGGGUGUCCCCCUGCGUGUCGAACCCCUCGGCACAGCUGAGCCCAGCCCGCAGCUGUGGGCGCCGGGCCCGAGGAAAUGCCAUCAAAUCGUAGUGGUUUCACCUGAGGAAUCCCUCAGGUGUAGAUGGAGAACGUUAAGGCGCUGCCGGUGUGGAAGAUGAGGCUGCACGAGGGCCGGGCCAGGCCGUUCCAGGCUCCCGCCUCCGUGCACACCUUCCCGGGCACGCAGGUGUUCGUGUUCCCCGGCGGCCGCUCCGACUCGGAGGAGUCCUCGGAGGAGGAGCUCAACGUGAUGGAGCUGCGGCCGCGGGGCCGGGAGCAGCGGCGGGGCAGCGCCCGCGCCAGGCCGGGGGACGUGGUGCUGCUGGAGAGGGAGCUCACGCAGGAGGACAGCCUCAACAAGCUGGCGCUGCAGUACGGCUGUAAGGUUGCAGAUAUCAAACGCGUCAACAACUUCAUCCGGGAGCAGGACCUGUACGCGCUCAAGUCCAUCAAGAUCCCGGUGCGGCCGCACGGGCUCCUCACCGAGAGCGCGGGGGCGCCGCGGCCGCCGGGGCCCGCCCAGCCCUGCCCGACGCACGGGGAGCCGCCCGAGCCCGAGCCCGGCCCCGCGGGCGGCCGCCGCCUCAGCGAGUACUUCAGGGGCAUCGACCAGAGCAUCCAGGACGCCGCGCAGGUGGAGGUGCAGCUGAGCGCCGAGUACGGCGGGGAGGCGCUGGAGAGGCCCCUGCCCGAGGCGGGCAAGAGGGACACCGGUGACGGUGCGGACUGCGGAAUCCAGUGGUGGAACGCCGUGUUCAUUAUGCUCCUGAUAGGAAUUGUCCUGCCGGUGUUCUAUAUCAUCUAUUUUAAAACACAAGGCCUGGUGGCCCACACCUCUAACUCAACAACCUCAAAUGUUUCAGCGGCUGGAUUGGAAGGGAAAUUACCACAAGGCUCAGUUGUAGGAAAAAAAUCCUAAGGGCAAAGGGCAGCCCACUCCAGCCUCUCCAGCAGUGAUGCCUGUGUGCUCUUGACUGACUCAAGUGUAUCCAAGGGGAUACAACAAUAGAGAUUAUUUUUAUUUUUAUAAGUAGCUGAUGAUGUAAUCCUGAAUUUGACUGAAAAUGAGGUGGUGAUUUUGACAGAAAAUGAUUUUGACAGAAAAAUAAGGAUGCUUUGUUGCUUGCAGAGAUCAUCCCCCAGAUGGCUUCAGAGUUGGGAACUCUGUUGAGGGAAAGUAUUUUGUAGCAAUUUUCUCAUUGUGGUUGCUUCAGGUAUUUCUUAAUGCCGUGUCUAGAAGCAAAUCUUGUGCUGCUGAGCUAGAGAGUGAAUUUUAAGGAAACACUUUUUGCUGGACUAGAAGGGGGGACGCUUUUUCUCAGAAGUGUCAUUUUUGUCUCUUGCAGACCAUGGUGGUUUGGCCUGCUUGGCCCUAGUGAUGCUGCCUUGUGCUCUAAGCUGGGUGAGCCAGGGCACAGGGACACUGCCAGCAGCCCCCCUUGUCCCCCUGAGCAAACCUUUGAGCUGUGUCCAUCAGGAUGUGUCAGGCCCACCCCUGGGAAGGGUGAGCCCAGACCCCUUCCCUCAGUGCAAUCCUUCAGUGCAGGCCCUGUGCUGUCCCAGGUGCGCUCAGCCCUGCGUGGCCCCGGGUGGGCAGGGGCUGCUGGAAGAGGGCAGCAGAGCAGGAGGGAGCAGUCACAGGCACUUCUCAAGGGCUCGUUUGCUGGCAGGAGGACUAGUCAGUAUUAUUUGCUAUAAAAACUAAUAAUAGUCUUUAGUGGUGCUUCCCUGAGCCCGGGCUCAGUGAUGGAAUUAUUUCUUGUGUGCAGCCUGAGUGGGAGUGAAGUGCUGAGCUGGGUGCAGGUGUCAAACAGGACAGAAGUCCAAGGAGGAGGAAGGGUGAGGCCUCUCUGGGAGAGAGCUGUGAGGCUGCUGAUCCUGGCAGCUCUCUGUGAACUGACCACUGGCAUUGAGAAGCUUCACAGGGCAGUGGAGGUGUUGGGCAGCCUGAGGGCUGUGCUUCUCAGGGCCACUCAGCAAACACUGCCUGCUGCAAGGGAGGCCUUGGGAGCUUUGCUAAAGAGAGGAAUUUGCCUCAGCCUUUGAUUCAGCAAAUUCCAGGGCAGAGGUAAAGGCUUUCCUGGAACUGAACACUAAGGAUCUUGUGUGGGCAGGUGCCAUUGGUGCUGAGGGUGGGGGCAGAGCUGGUGGCAGCUGCAGGGAGCCACCACUUGUGUCCCCACCACGGCCCAGCCCCAUCUGCAGCUUCCCAGCUGCCAGCAGGGCCACGGGGCUUUUCCAGCUCCCCCUGGCAGCCCGAGGCUGGAGGGGCUGGCACAGACACCCCUGCCAGGUGUGGCCUCAGCCUGGCAGCGUCUGCCUGGACAGGGAGGAUUGCAGAGCAAGGUGAGCACCCACCACACAAGCACAGCCGUGUGCUGUUACAGUGAGAGCUCCCUGCAGCUCUCAGAAGUGCGAACCUAAUUCUGUAAACGAGCACUCCGGAGUAUCUUAUACUGAACAAAACUUGUGUUUUUCUUCUGUGAAGAGCUGUAUCUCUUUGUUCUGGGGAGGGGGUGGGAAGGGGUUCUUACAUUUUUAAAUAAAUCCACAUGAAAUACAAGCACAAGGGGCCCAGCUUGUGCUUUCUUUGCUCCCACACAGCUGAGCACCUGCCUUGGACAGAGGAGCCCCGUGCAGCCUCUCCUGAGCCCCUGCAGCGAGCAGGAGCAGCAGCGGGAAGCGCGGCUGCAGAGGCAGGACUGGCCUUGGGCUCUCCGCUCUGUGGGACCCUGCCUCCCCUGCCACUCUCCAAGUGUUUCGCAGCAGGGCUCUUAGCAGGCAUCAGUCCUUGGGCGCAGUAAGAGGCGUCUGUGUCCCUGCUGUGCAGAUCCUCAGGGCUGCAGUUCAAAACCAGCACCUCUCACCUGCACUGACCCCGCAGGGCAGGGACGCGCCGAGGGGAGCAGCGCUCUGCAAACACGAGAGAGGCCGGAGUACACAGUAAAAGCCAGUAUCUUUACUUUAGUGAAUGCAGGAUACAAAUAUUUUACAACAACCUCUAGCAUUUUCUUAACCAUUUGAUAAAAAGUUCACUAGAAUAUUUAUUGUAUAUUGAAGAAAAAACAACACAUUCAGGGAAAAAAAUUGAGAUUAACUUACUUUUUUUCUUAAAAGAUUCGUCUCAAGGAUGGCAACAAAGUCCAGCUUGUGCCGCCAAACGGCUUAUCAGCAUUAAACCGUGAACAGCUUCUUGUGAACUGUUGACUACAAACAUUUACCAAAUACAUAAAUCUCUUUUAAAAAAGCCAUUUUAAAUAUAGCAAAGCAGUGUUCUCUUGCACAGCAAAGUGAAGAAAGGUUCUACUAAGAUUUAAAUGUUUACAUUGGUUAAGUCUUUCUUUCACAUUCGGAUUUAACUUCUGCCCAGGAUCAAUUGUUAGGAGUUGUUUUGUUCCUUAUUUACUAUGUAUUUCUUGUGCGCACAGUAACUCGCAAGUUUCUGAUGCAUUAGUGUCCUUGGAGGGAAGGCAAGGCUAAAGCAGUUCUCUCUGACGAGUCCCUGACAACGUGGCGUUCUCAAAACUAUCGUGAGAGCUCGAGGAUGGAGGUGAUUUGUCACAACAGAGAUAAAAAUCUUAAAUCAUUCAGACCUGACUGGGUUCAGCCCAGGAUUGGAUCCACUUGCACUUCAGUCAGCAGAGAUAAUUUUAAAAAGUUUUUUUUUUUUAACCUGUUGAAAUAUCUGUGCUAUGUCAUCUUUUUUUUUUUUU